AUGACCUGCUCCUGCUUCCAGGCGCUCCUCCUGGCGCUGGGGCUGGUGGCCGGCUUGCAAUUGCUUUAUUUGGCUCUGCUUUCCGGGUGGCACGGGCAGGAGCAGAGGUCUCGCUACGCCCAGCUCUUCCAGGCUCGCCAUGCCUUGCCAAGCGACGGGCACAAGCAGAGGCUCAAGCCGGUGCUGGCCAGCGGAGGCACCCUGGAUGCCAGCGGGCAGUACCGCGUCUACCGGGAUAUGUUACGGGCCUCUUGGGAUAGAGAGGACCGGCAGGACGUGGUACUGGUCACUCACACCAGCUUGGGCAACUUGCACCACGCUCAGCAGCUGGUGGAGCGGUGGCACGGGCCAAUCUCGGUGGCCCUCUUUGUGCCAGGCGCAGACGACGUGCGCCAGGCCACGGCAAUGGUCUACGCCUUAGCCGUCCUGUGUGCCCCCCUCCGGCAGUGGCUUCGGCUGCACCUGGUGUGUCCUGCCAGCCAAAUGGCUUCCUUCCCCGAGCAGGAGCAGGAUGAGGGGCAGUUUGCCCGUCUCCGGUCCUGCGGGGAUGUUUUCGCCAAGCUGGCACAACUAGGGGCUGGCCGGCGUAACUAUGCCAUGGAGGUUGCCAAUGCUUCGUACCCCAACAACCUGCUGCGCAACGUAGCCAGGGAGGCAGCCGGCGGGCACUGGGCGCUGGUGGUCGACAUGGACAUGGUGCCCAGCGAGGGUCUGCGAGAAGAUUUCCUGGCCUUGCCGAAAGCCACCGUGGAGGGGACGCCGCGGGUGUUUGUGGUGCCGGCCUUUGAGAUCCGUCACACACACCGGAUUCCGGCCAGCAAAGCGGAGCUGGUACAGCUGUAUCAAGUGGGGGAGAUCCGGCCGUUUUACGAGGAGCUGUGCCCCCGGUGCCAGGCACCCACAAACUUUUCCCACUGGCUGAACCUUCCCGUGGGGGGCUCCCUGCGUGUGGCCUACGAGGUGGCGUGGCGAGACCCUUGGGAGCCCUUCUAUGUUGGUGCUACCUCAGUGCCGCUCUACGAUGAACGUUUCAAGCAGUACGGCUUUAACCGGAUCAGCCAGGCCUGCGAACUCCACAUUGCCGGCUACCGGUUUGCAGUGCUGAGCAAUGCCUUUUUGGUUCACAAGGGAUUCAAAGUGGCGGGAGAGUUCCACGCGCAAAAGGACGCGGAGAACCAACGCAACAAGAUCCUUUUCCGACAAUUCAAGCAGGAGCUGAAGGGCAAAUACCCGGAAUCGCUUCGGAGGUGUUGAUUUGCACUUGUAACUUUGCAGAGUUUAAAUUCAGCUACUUUGAACUUGGAGUGGAGCUACGGACCGGACGAGAAGAAACUCUUAUUUGCAAUAUAAUUGUACGAACAAGUUGUGGGUCAUUAUUUUAUUUACUAAAGAGAGUUUGUGUCAUUGGUUUCAUUGCUGCCCUGUAUUAGUCAGAUUCUGACUGCCGUUUUGUACUACAGGCUGACAGAAUUAGGUCCAAGAAUUAUGAAAUGAUGGUUGUGAGAACAUGGAAAAGAGCUUUUACUUUUGAAUUCUGAGACAUGAAAUAGGAGAGCAUUGUGCAGCGAGAAUUCUUCCGUUUUGUGCCUGACUUUCCUUCUACAACUGGUCGCUGCAGUGUCUUGUUCUGCACAGUGAGAAAGGAUUGCAUGGGUCCUGGAAGAGAAGUGCUUAUUCCUGUACCUUAAAAUAACAAAACCGCUGU